AUGGCCGAAGACGAUAAUAAUAAUAUAUUCUCUGUUAAAAACAUUAAGCAUUGCGAAGCUCAAUCAAAAUCAAAAAAAGCAUUUGAAGAAUUAAGUGAAUGUGUAGAAAAAGCCAACAACUUACCAGAAGAAGAAAAUCAUUUACCACAAGCAGUUCAAAUGCUUCAAUAUUAUUUCCCAAGAAUUUUCACAACUGAUUUACCAAGAGAAAGAACUUUUAUUGCUGAUGGUUUAGCUUGGUUAAUGCCAAAAGUUUUUGACCCACAAGAAGACGACGAUGAAGAUGAUAAUUAA